AUGGAAAAAUCAUCCUCACAGACACACUGAAAUAUCUUCUGCAAAACAGACAAAUUAAAAGUAAUUGUAUCAUAUACAACAUACAAACUUAAAAGAAAAAUCCAACUUGAAUAUUUUACAUACUUUCCAAUUUUUUUUUUUUUUUUUUUUUUUUUGCAUGAUGCUGCUGUUCCUCCUGGCGAUGCUGAUGACUUAUGCCUGCGGCACUGAAGAUCUGACAGGUCAAAUGUUUACCUUCCCACAACAAAGCAACUCAGCAUAUGUCAAGCUGUUGACAGACAAAGGGGACUUUGGUGCUGUAACUUUAUGUCACAGGACCUUUACAGACCUCCGCAGAGAACAUUCCCUCUUUUCGAUGUCGACGACGUCUAAUGAAAAUGCUUAUCUAGUUUUCUGGGAUCACCCAAACUCUAAGAUGUCGGUUUUUGUCAAGGAUGUAAAGGUAGAGUUUGGAUUUGUGGACUACAAACCCAACACAUGGCACUCGAUCUGCACCACAUGGGACUCUGUAUCUGGACUGGUGCAGCUGUGGUUCAAUGGAAACCCCUCUAUCAAGAAAUUCGGAGUUUCAGGAACAAAAAUUACUGGAUCGACAAUAAGUAUCUUAGGACAGGAGCAGGACAGACACGGUGGGGGGUACGAUGCGAAGCAGAGCUUUGUUGGAAUGAUCUCUGAUGUCCACAUGUGGAACUACAUUCUUUCACAGUGUGAAAUCCAGAAUUACAUGAAUGGUGGCAUCAUCACCCAAGGAAAUGUUUUCAACUGGGAGAACCUGGAUUUUGAGGUUUAUGAUGGAUUGAGUAUGGUGGUAAAAGAACGUAAACCCUCACAUUGUACAAAGAUGCUGCUUUUGCUUCUGCUGAUGAUGCUGAUGGCUUGUGCCUCUGGCAUACAAGACCUGUCAGGAAAAAGCUUCAGCUUCCCAAAACAAACCAACACGGCUUACGUGAAGCUAAUGACAGAUAAAAGCGAAUUCACUGCUCUAACUCUGUGCCACAGGUCCUUCACAGACAUCCGUAGAGACCACGCCCUCUUUUCGAUGUCCACAUCCACUUUUGCAAAUGAUUAUCUAAUCUUUUGGGACAAUCAAAACUCUGAGAUGGAGAUUCAUGUUAGGGAAAAAAAGGCAGAAUUUUUACUGCCAGAGUACAAACCCAACAUGUGGCACUCGAUCUGCACCACGUGGGACUCUUCAACUGGACUGGUGCAGAUGUGGUUCAACGGAAGACCCUUCACCAAGAAAUACACCACAAAAACAGCAAUCAGUGGCUCUCCUAUAACUAUUUUAGGACAGGAGCAGGAUUCUCAUGGUGGGGGGUUUAAUGCCCAGCAGUGUUUCAUCGGUCUGAUCACUGAUGUCCACAUGUGGGACCAUGUCAUUUCAGAAUGUGAUUUCCAGCAAUACUUGAAUGAACAAUCCUUCCACCCAGGAAACAUUUUCAGUUGGAAGGCGCUGGAGUUUCAGACUACAGGAACAGUGAUGCUAGAAGAUAAAUAUAAAGUUUGUGUCUAAUCUUUUAAUGUGUUAACUGUUUUGUUAAUGGUCUUUGCCAUGUUGCAUGUUCUUAGAUGUUCACCUGAUUUCAGUGAACAUUAUAUUUUGUGUUCAGGCAUUGAUUAUUCAUGGUAAGAGCGAUUUCAAAUUAGUUGGUCUUUUUUUUUUAACUUUGCUCUUGCUUCUUUAUAUUCUUAAAUGGCUGUAUUGUAUAAAAUGGUUUUUAACAGGCUUUUACAAUUUGGU